CCGCCCCUUCCUGCCGCGCUUCCUCACACGCAGGUUGGCCCCAGCGUACGACGCUGCUACUCGCGUUCUCACGCCCGGUGCGUGUUGACGUCGCGGCAGGCGCGGGCGCCAUCCCGGAAGCGCGAGCAAGGCCGCCAGAUGUGCAGGCAGCGGAGGAGGAGGAAGAGAUGGACCCCCUGGACUCGGCCUCGAGGGUCUUCUGCAGCCGCAUCCUGAACAUGGUGAAUACAGACGAUGUCAACGCCAUCAUCCUGGCCCAGAAGAACAUGCUGGACCGCUUUGAGAAGACCAAUGAGAUGCUGCUGAACUUCAACAACCUGUCCAGUGCCCGCCUGCAGCAGAUGAGCGAGCGCUUCCUGCACCACACGAGGACCCUGGUGGAGAUGAAACGGGACCUGGACAGCAUCUUCCGCCGCAUCAGGACACUGAAAGGGAAGCUGGCGAGGCAGCACCCGGAGGCCUUCAGCCAUAUCCCAGAGGCAUCCCUCCUGGAGGAUGAGGAUGAAGACCCCAUCCCACCCAGCACCACGACCACCAUUGCCACCUCGGAACAGAGCACGGGCUCAUGUGACACCAGCCCUGACACCGUCUCACCCUCCCUCAGCCCUGGCUUUGAGGACCUCUCCCACGUCCGGCCCAGCUCCCCUGCUGUCAAUGGCCGCAGCCAGACAGAUGACGAGGAAAUGCUGGGCGAGUAGCCCUGCUGUCUGGUGCCUCAAGGGGUCUCAGAGCAGUGGUGACCUUCCCCAGGUGUCUGAGGUGGCCUCACGAUCAUCAGCUUUGCCACCCUGUUCUGUCAACUUAGGGCUCCUGGGGGAACAGGGCUCCCCUUCCAAGGAGUGUGGAAUUCCUGGGGGUCUUUAAUUCCAGUUCUUUCAUCCCUCAGAACAUCUCUCUUUUGCAGACCCCUCUGUCAUGCCAGGGCAUGCCUACCCCAGCUGGGUACAAGGGAACUUUUCUAAAGUCAGGCCUGAGGUCUGCUCUUAAUAAUAAUACAGAGGUCCCCAGAGACCAGAGCCAGAUGUCUCCUGCCUCCUGGUUAGGACCUCCUUGAGGUGAACAAGCACUGUCACGUCUGAGUUCACCCCAGCCCACUCCUGCACCCACUAACUCUGGUUUCCUGGCCCCUACCUUCAACAGAAGUAUUGAAUACUUUCUCCAAUUGGUGUUUCGAGGAGGUUUCUGAGACAGGUAGAAGGCUCUAGAUGGAGGUUGACCAUCCAUCCAGCCCUGAGUCUCCUGAGGCCUGUGUUUGUGGCAACAGAGGUGUGGAACCUGAGGCCCAGGGUCUCCACGGAGCAAGCCGAGCCACCUUGGAAAAGAGUUUAAUGGAAUAUUUUUGUACCCGAUGUUUACAGAUGCUGUUGGGAAGUAUCAAUAAAAAGACUCCAUUACUGAAAAGGGAA